AUGUCCACUGUUGAGAUCAACGACGCAGUGUUCUGCCAAGAACAUCUCGCAGAAAUUUGUGAAGAUUGCAGUGUCGACUUACGUGAGGAGAACGACGCUUUCUACGGAUUUGACUCUGUGGAGCGCGAUGCAAUCGAAAGUCCACAUGCCUCCAUCAACGACGAUGGCGUUUAUAUGUGCAAGAAACAUGACAGCGCUACGUGCAAUCAGUGUUUUGGUUGGAAGAAGAAGAUCACCAAAGCUCGGAUGGACGCCAAAAAGGCUGGCAAGCACUAG